AUGGAUGCCCCACCCACCGUACAGCCAGGGGAUGUCUCGUCGAGCUAUAAGGACCUCCCUUUGUUCACACCACAUUCUGCUAAGGCUUCCUGGCUUGCCUAUGGAGACUGUGCCCUGUUCAUGGUCAUAGUUAUCGUAACAGCAAGGCAGUUGAUUCAACAGAAACGUGAGGAGAGGCGUGGUGGAGAUGCUGCCCCGGCAGUGUCGCUCACUGGUAGCCGUACUCGUAAGCUCUUCCUCAUUGGCUUAUGCCUGUCCAACCUAGCAAGAGCAGUGAGUAUGAUCAUUGAUGCUGUCGUCCACACUGAGGUUAGGGAGCACGUAUGGGAGCAUUCUGUCCAGGGUUGGACCAACUACUUCCUCAUGGUCUUCCCAUCCUUGCUAUUCCUAUCCACCUAUAGCAUCGUUAUACUAUUCUGGGCUCAAGUGUACUAUGCGGCCAUCCUAGUGUCGUAUCCUCUACUACGACCAGUAUGCCUUUUCUUCAAUAUCGCAGUGUACAAUUCCCAACCCAUCUAUGACUCCCCUAUUGCUCCACAGAUACAAGUAUCAAGUCAGUUGAAAGAUCGAUCGCGAAGGCAGCGCUCAGUUGUUGGGGUCUCCACGACCGAGGCAAGCAAGAACCGAGCGGUUCUCAAUCGGGUCCUUGUUCUCACAGUAACGUGUCCGAUCAUAUUCCUAGUGCGAGGUGUGCUCAGCCUCCUGUAUGGGGUUGGAUUCAUGAGAACAUACGGUCCAGCAAGUGUCGAUCGAUUAGCAUGGGACUCCCUGGUAUACUGUAUCACGGAAUGGAUACCAUCGCUGCUCAUUGUUAUAGUAUUCUGGCCAGCUACACGACCUUCGAAUCGGGCUGGAGGGGAUGGCCAACGGUCGGACUACGGCGACCAAUCCUCGAGUUAUGAUUCUCUCGUAUCACCUCUGCUGGGGUCCCAUCAAGGGGAGUCCAAUCAAGAUAUAGAAGCUAAUAGAAAGCAGGCCAGGACGGAACAGGAGGAUGCCAGGUAUAACGAUGCUCUGAAGAAAGUCGUACCUAAGCUACCUCAUGCUAAUCCAGUGGGCCCUACCAAGCCCGUCACUGACGUGCCGCCACCCGGGGGGUCCGAGCAGACUAAAGCUACAAAUGGACGUAAGGGCCGAUCCUGGAGCCAUCAGCUACGAGACGUUUGGACUGGGCAUAAGGAACAACCUGGAGCUCGGAAGGGGAAGAAAUGA